AUGUUAGACGAUACAAGUCGACCAUUUCAUUUAGCUGCUGCAUCAACAAAUGGAAAAAAAACUUUAAUAAAUCAAUUUCAAUUACCAUUACCAUGGACAUUUUCAUUUCAUAAUCAAAUACCACCAAAUAUAUUUAUACUUCCAUCUAAAGGUCAUCUUCAUUAUGAAAAUUAUUAUCAAACAAAUUCUCUUGCAACAAGAAAACAAAUGUUAUUAAAUGAACGUGAUCGACGUGCACAUUUAGCACGUAAAUUUAGUAUAAAUCAUUCACCAUCAUUUGCAUGGUAUUCUCCAUCAUUAUCAUUAACAUCAAAUUAUUCAUUAAAAAAUCUUUCCGAUAUAUUACGUAUAACAUUAGUCUAUUUUGAAAAUACAAUUCCAUUACCAUUUAUGCAUUCACAUUGGAAACGUUAUCGAUAUAUAUGGGCUAAACAAUUACUUAAUUUCAAUCAACAUAUAUCAUUAUCAAAAUUAAUUUAUCUUUUACUUCAAUUUGAAACUUGUAUUAAAUCAGUUUCAUAUUUUGACUUAUUUACUGAUCAAGUUGGUUAUUUAAAAUUUCGUCGUGAAACAGAAAAAGAACGUGAUGAAGCAAAAAAAGAAGAAAAAGAUGCAUUUAUAAGACGAAAAAUUGAUGCUGAUUCCAUUAUACAAUAUGUACAUUUUACACGACCAUUAAAACAUAGUGUACAUAAACAACGUGGUGAAGAAUAUCGUUUAGCUGGUGGUCAAGGAUGGACAUUUAUACGUUCAACUCGUCGUACAAUAAUACCAAAUAAAAAACAAUCAUUCGAUAUUAAUUCCUUAUUAAUACGUCGUGAAAAUAUGUCAAAUGCUAUAUUAAAUGAACGUAAUAGAAUUAUUAAUUUAAUUGAAAUUAAACUUAAAAAUGAUUUAGGAAAUGAUAUUAAUAUUGAAAAUGAAUUAAACAAUUUAUUAUUAACAGCUAAAGAUGAUAAUGAUGAUUUAAUUGAUGAUUUAACAUUUAUUAAUUAUAAAAAAAUUGAUUAUAAUGGUGUAUCUUAUAGAUAUCCAAUUAUGUUAGACGAUACAAGUCGACCAUUUCAUUUAGCUGCUGCAUCAACAAAUGGAAAAAAAACUUUAAUAAAUCAAUUUCAAUUACCAUUACCAUGGACAUUUUCAUUUCAUAAUCAAAUACCACCAAAUAUAUUUAUACUUCCAUCUUAUAUACUUCGACGUCUUGCACGAGCAUCAAUGACAUUAACAGAUGUACCAGGUUUUAUUAAUUCACGUUUAAGUGGUAUUGGAACGAGAUUUGGUUGGCCUUAUCCAUGUGGUAGACCAUCUGUUCGAACGGCAUGGUGUUAUAAAGUACAAACAAGUACUUCAUUUUUUUCAAUUGCUCAUCAUAUCAAAUAUUUAUGGAAUUGUAUAAGAUGGGAUCUUCUGACAGAAAAACUUUCCAAUAUUGAUGAAUCAUCCAUAACAACUCAUGUUGAUAAUGAUGGUAUAACAACAACAAUACAAGUUUUAGCUAAACGUGAUUCUGGUCCAUAUAAUUCCUAUUGUGAAUAUUUUGUUCGUAAAACAAUUCAUCCACAAACAAAUGAAUCAUCAAAUUUUAAUAUUCCUAUAUCAAAAUCACGUAGUCGUGCGGUUCCUCAUCCAUCAUCAAUAUUAACAUCAAAUCGUUUAAUUCUUAGUGAACAAUGGUUACCUGAAAGACAACUUCAACCAAAUCAAAUCAAAUAUUAUUAUCAAUGUUUACAAGAAAAAAAUUAUAAACGUUUACAUAAAAAAACAAAUGAUGAUAGAAAAAAACAUAAAAAGAAAACACCAAUAUUAAACAAUCCAAUACAACAACAACAACAGCAACCAGCUAAACCAUUUAUUGUUCGUAUACCUCAUUUGCAACCUAAAUCAACAUUAAAUACUGAAAGUGGAAAAGUUGUUAUUGUCAAAGCAACUGGUGAAUCAUCAUCAACAAAUCUUCCAAUACAACAAAAAUCAUUUUCUGUUGUUAAAUUAGCUGAUGGACAAAUUAUUCUUGUUCCAACAACAACUGUUCAACAAAAUGAUAAUGGAAUUUCAAAAAUUAUUAAAGCAUCAUCACCACCAAAAUCUCAACCACAAACAAUAUCUAUUAGUCCACAAGAACGUCGUUUACGUCCAAUAGCACCAGCUCCUUUAACAUCGAUUCAAACACCAAAUGAAUUAUUACAUAGUCUUCUUGCUCAACAACAACAACAACUUCUCCUUCAACAGCAGCAACAACAACAAUUGGAGACAAUCGUACGUUUCGAACAACCAACAACAAUUGAAGAUACUCCAUUAACAACUAUUUCCGAAACAGUUACGAUCGAUACGAAUGGUUCCGCAAUAAAACCAAAAAUUGAACCAACACCGAUUGUUAUACAAAAAACAAAAAAUCUUCGUAAAACAAUACCAAUACCAUCAAUAGUUGAUGAUAAAAAAAUAAAAAUUGAUCCCGAAGAAGGCAUUCGAAUAAAAAUUUGUGAAGCCGUUCUUCGCUCAAUAAUGACUAGAAUUGAACGUGAACAACAUCAAGAAUCUAUGAAAAAACGUAUUAAAAAUUCAAAUACAAUAACACCAAUAUCUAAUCAUCGUCAAAUAAUUUUAACACGUUUAUUAAAUGAACGUGUAGAUAGUCUUCGAAAAGAUUUUAUUGCAUAUCGUCUCAAUCGAAAAACAGCAUUAGUCAAAGAACAAGUUCAAACACAACGUCUUAAACAACAACAAAUGAUACUUAAACAACAGCAACAACAACAGCAACAAGCAACAGUUGUUAAACAAGAAGAAUUAAGUUCAGAUGAUGAUAAAGAGAAAACUAUUGAUAUUCCAGCGCCGCCUAAAAUUAAAAAAGCAAGAAAAAGUACUGGAAAUGAAAAUAAAAGUAAACGACAAGAUACACCCAAAUCAUCUGAACAAAAAAUUAAAAAAACACCAGCUAAACGAACACGUCCACUUCCACCAACAAAAACUACUGAUAAUGAUCAACAACCUGUAUCAAAAAAAGCUCGUCGUUCACGUGUGAAUGUAUCAUCUGAUAAUGAUGAAAAUCUUCUUAAAAAUCUUAAACCUUCAUCGUCAACAUCAAUAACACCACCACCAACAACAACAAUAGCUAAAAUGAAAUCUACUGAAAAAUCUAAAAAAAUUAUAACAAUAAAAAAUUCAUCAAAUAAAAAAGAAAAAACCGAAAUCAAUAUCUCAGAUAUUAAUUGUAGUUGUCAAAGAACUGAUAUUCAAGAAAAAUUUUUUAUACAAUGUGAAUUAUGUUCACGAUGGUUACAUGGUACAUGUGUUGGUUUAACACCACGUCUUGCGGAAAAAUUAAAAGAAUUUAUAUGUCAAGAUUGUACAUAUUUAACACAAAAAGCUAAAGAACGUUUAUAUUGUAUUUGUCAAAAACCAUAUGAUGAAUCAAAAUUUUAUAUUGGUUGUGAUGUUUGUGCUGAUUGGUUACAUGGUUCUUGUGUUAGUAUAACACCAGAAGAAGCUGAAAAAUUUGAAGUUUAUGUUUGUCCAAGAUGUUCAACAAAAAAAAAACAAGAAUUUCUUAAUAAACCGAUAAAUAACGAAAUGCAAAACGAUUUGUUAAAUCUUACCGAUCAAUUAUUAGUAAAUAAAAUUUCAUAUUGA